GAGGCUUCCCCUCCUUUCCCACCAGGGAUAGUCAUCCUGGGGCUGAGGUCUGACAGCAGGUGGAGGCAGCCCCUGUGUGUGGAGAGCCUUCCGGAGGGCAUGCCCCGCGCCUUCCUGGUCAGGAGUCGGCGUCCACAGCCUCCCAACUGGAGCCACCUGCCUGACCAGCUCCGGGGAGAUGCCUAUAUCCCAGACUGCAGCAGCCUGAGGAGGCCACCGGCACAACAGUCGUCCAGUGUCAGGGAUCCAUGGACAGCGCAGCCCACACAGGACAACCUGACCUCUGCUCCCAGGGGCCCAGGGACGCUGGGCUGCCCGCUCUGCCCUAAGGCCUUCCCUCUGCAGCGCAUGCUGACAAGGCACCUCAAGUGCCACAGCCCCGUGCGCCGCCACCUGUGCCGCUGUUGUGGCAAGGGCUUUCAUGACGCUUUCGAUCUCAAGCGCCACAUGAGGACUCACACUGGGAUCCGGCCCUUCCGCUGUAGUGCUUGCGGGAAGGCGUUUACGCAGCGCUGCUCCCUGGAAGCUCACCUUGCUAAGGUGCACGGGCAGCCGGCCAGCUACGCUUACCGCGAGCGUCGUGAGAAGCUGCAUGUGUGCGAGGACUGCGGCUUCACCAGCUCCCGGCCAGACACCUACGCACAGCACCGCGCCCUGCACCGCGCAGCCUGAUACGGUGUGCCAGCGUCCUCCCCACGAGGCAAAUAAACACAGGAAAC